CAAAGAUCUCUCGGACAGGCCUAUAAAUACGACCGGAGCGACGAUGCAGCACCGCGUGACGACGCGGCAGGUCGAGCGCACGAUGGCGGACCGGCGCCGGAUCGAGACGCAGAACACCGAGCUCCUUCGGUAUGCGUCGAGCAACCAAGUGCAGGCGAUGGCCAACAAGGGCGACAUGGCCGUGCUCGCCAAGCGGCGCGGGAACGCGGCCUUCCAGCGCAACGCCGAGGCGAUGCUUGAAGAGCGCAGCUUUGUCGCGGAGCGCGACCUCAAGCGCAAUCUCCGCACAAAGGAGCAGAACGACAGCCUCGCGCGGGCCCUCGAAGAAGAACGCCGAUUGAGCGAGCGCCGCGAGCGCGAGAUCCAGCGGAUUUGCGAGUCGAGCGAAGAGCUCCGCGAGCUCGAGAGCAUGCUCAAGGUCGCGUACGUCAACAAGGAGCGAUCGGUGCAGCAGGCCGAGCGCGAGACCUUGAGCCAAAUCGAAAAGUCGCGCGAGAAGGCCAUCGAGACGCAAAUGGAGUACGACCGGCAGCGCGCCGAGGUCGACAUGGCAACGAAGGAAAUCGCGCGGCGCGCCGAGGCCGUCGCGAGCAAGCAAUCGAUCCAAGAGCAGAUGCUCGAUCGUCUCAAGCUGUACGAAGAAGCCGCAAAGGAGGCUGAAGUCGACAAGGCCAAGGUCGACGCGAUCAUGGCGCAAAUUCAAGCCGAGGACCGCCACGAGCAGGAGAAGCGCGAGCGCUAUGUCGCCCAAGCACGCAUCAUGAUUGAAGAUAGCAAGCUCCAGCGCGCCAACGAACGUGAGGACGCAGCGCGGCGCGAUCGCGACGAAGACGCUCGGAUUGCGCAGUACGGCAAGCGCGUCGAGCAGCGCGAGGCCGGCAUCAAGGAAAAGCUCGCCGAGAAGAAGAAGCGCGAAGAAGAGAUGUUCCUCGCGGUCGAGGCCGAGAUCCAGCGCCAGCGCAAGGAAGAAGAAGAGUUUGUGCGGCUCCGCGACGAGCUCUGGGAAGAAGAGAUGCUCGAGGCGCACCGCGAGAAGGCGCGCGCCAAGAUGCUGCAAAAGCAAAAGGACCGCGACGAAAUGAUUCGUUGCAACCAGGAGCAGCAGCGACUCAAGGCCCAAGUGCUCCACGAGCAAAAGGCCAAGGAAGACGAGUACAAUGCUUUUCUCAGGGCCAAGUUUGCGUCGGAAGAGCGCCGCGAAAUGGAGAUGGAAAUCUUCCGCCGCAAGCAACGGGACGAGUACAAGCAAGCCAUUGCCGACCAGAACGCGCUCAAGGUCCAAAUGUAUCAACUCGAACUGGAGAAGGAGCGCGCCGAGGCCGCGCGCAUUGCCGACGAAGAAGCCUUCAAGAAGCAAAUCGUCGAAGAAGCCAAGCGCCGGCUUCUCCAAGACCACGCGACGUCGCUCCAGGGAUUCCUGCCCAAAGGCGUCGCACGUCAAGUAUCCCGAGCAGGUCUUGGGUCGCGCUAGACAUGCACAAUUCACGUAUGUUAAUAUAUCCCACGUGUGUCCCGCGUCCGAGUGGCAAGCAGUACGUAAGCUUAGUCGACUACGCUCGAUGUUCUUUCG